CCUCAUCAUUCUGUUGCAGCACCACCCAGACUUUCUCAACAUUUUCUGUUUAUAUCCGAGUGUUAAGCUUAAGUUUCCCUGCUCUCCCUGGAACUUUCCUUUCCUUAAUGAGCACAAUGAAAACUCCUAGGGGUAGGCUGUCUAUCUUCUCCAUUGUUGCUGUUGUCAUCUGCUGCACUCUUGCCUUGUUUGCUCUCUUGUUCACUGAAAGCAUAACUUCUUCCCACUCCAUCUUCAAUUUCAAAUCCUGCUCUAAAAGACACGUUGUCAAGUCUAGGAAGUCUACAAGAGAUGAGAGAAAUGCAGAAGAUGAGGUAGUUAACUCAGAAGUUGAUGAUAGGUUUGAGUUUGACCCAAAUGAGUGUAGUGUUGGCCAUGGAAAAUGGGUGUUUAACAGUUCAUUUGAGCCAUUGUACUCGGACCAGACUUGCCGAUACCUCGAUAGGCAAUUCUCUUGUCUUAAGAAUGGACGGCCCGAUUCUGAUUAUCGUCAAUGGGAAUGGCAACCAGAUGAUUGUAUGUUGCCUAGGUUCAAUCCAAAAAUUGCACUAGAGAAACUUCGAGGAAAAAGGCUAAUGUUUGUUGGGGAUUCUCUGCAAAAAAAUCAAUGGGCAUCGUUCGUUUGUCUGGUUGAUUCCAUUAUACCUCAAGAUCAGAAAUCCAUGAAACGAGGCCGCUCUCAUUCUGUCUUCAAAGCCAAGGAGUACAAGGCUACAAUUGAGUUCUACUGGGCACCAUUUCUAGUGGAGUCCAAUACAGAUAAUCCAAUACUAGCAGAUCCAAAGAAAAGGAUAGUCAAAGUGGAUUCACUUUCCAAGCAUUCCAAAUACUGGGAAGGAGUUGAUAUCUUAGCCUUUAAUACUUAUGUUUGGUGGAUGAGUGGGACCAAGGUCAAUUCACUGUGGGGUUCAUUUGCAAAUGGUGAAGAAGGAUCUGAAGAAUUGGAGACACAGGUUGCCUACAGAAUGGGAUUGAAAACAUGGGCCAACUGGGUUGACUCAAAUGUUGAUCCUAACAAAACUCGUGUGUUUUUCACUACUAUGUCUCCCACUCACUCAAAAAGUGUAGAUUGGAAAAACAAGGAUGGGAUCAGAUGCUACAAUGAAACAAAGCCAGUGAUGAAGAAGAGGUAUUGGGGAAGUGGGUCUAACAAAGGGAUGAUGAGUGUGGUGGCCAAUGUGGUGGAAAAAAUGAAAGUCCCAAUCACUUUCAUCAACAUAACGCAAUUAUCAGAGUAUCGUAAAGAUGCUCAUUCAUCAAUUUACGUUAAAUUGAAAAAAGAAAUGUUGACUAAUAAUAAGCAAAUUGCCGACAAUUCAGAUUGCAUACAUUGGUGUUUGCCCGGAGUUCCUGAUACGUGGAAUCAAAUAUUUUUAGCUUAUUUGUAGCAAAGAAAAUUAUCAACAUGUACAUUUUUGUUUUGUUUGUUUGUAUGUUGGUAUGUUUUUUGUUUUUGUGUCAAAAGAUUUCAAUUCUAUAUAGCUUUUUUUCA